GCUAUGUUGAAAAGAGACGGGUGGUCGACACCUGACAGUUGAGGUUAUGUCUCCUCGUUUUUCAUUUUUUGACUGAAAAAAACAUGGGUAAAAAAUCAAAAUCUUCGUCUGGUUUGGGCCGUUCCUUGAUCAAGGACCGCUUCGGGAGCACCAAAGGUCGUAAACUAACAGCGGACAAGUCCAUGUUGCAUACGACGGAAUUGCAAGAUGGGUACGAUUGGGGCCGUUUGAAUUUACAAUCAGUGACCGAGGAGUCAUCGUUUCAAGAGUUCUUGGCCACCGCUGAAUUAACAGGUGCCGAGUUUCAGGCUGAAAAGCUUGACAUCAAGUUCGUGAACCCUAAAUCAAAUGUGGGUUUGCUGACUAAAGAUGAGAUGAAUAAAGCGAAGGAUUUGCAUGACAAGCACAAGGGGGAGUUGCGGAUUCCGAGACGGCCCCCUUGGAACGCAAACAUGAGUAAAGAAGAGCUGGAUCAAAAUGAAAAAGAGUACUUUCUCCAGUGGCGCAAAGGCUUGGCCAAAUUGCAGGAGGACGAAGGCAUUCUCUUGACUCCUUAUGAGAAGAAUCUUGAGUUUUGGAGACAAUUGUGGAGAGUUGUGGAGAAAAGUGACGUGAUUGUGCAAAUUGUUGAUGCCAGAAACCCGCUUCUUUUCUAUUGUGAAGACUUGGAAAAAUACACAAAGGAAGUGUCACCAGACAAAAUGAACAUUGUCCUAGUUAACAAAGCCGAUUUUUUAACACUGGAGCAAAGGCAAGCCUGGGCUGACUAUUUCAUGUCGCAAAACGUGAAAGCUGUUUUUUAUUCAGCGGCUUUAGCUUCGGAAACCCCAAAAGAGAGUGAACCGAGAGGUGACGAGGACCAAUCAAAACUGAAUCAGCUGCAAGACUGCGUAUCCAACUUGGAAAAAGAAGUUGAAAAAACUGCCCAAAAAUUGAAUGAGAUUAUUGGGGCCCUAAAACUAGAGUUUCAAAAUUCAAGCGAGAUAUUAACCAAAGAUCAGUUGAUGGAUUUGUUCAAAGACAUUCAUAAGGGGCCUAAAGUUACUGAAGAUAUCACUACUAUUGGCCUUGUUGGGUAUCCAAAUGUGGGGAAAAGUUCUACAAUUAAUUCACUGUUGUCUGCUAAGAAAGUUUCAGUUUCGGCAACUCCGGGAAAAACCAAACAUUUCCAAACGCUUUUUCUUACGAAAAAUUUGCUUCUCUGCGAUUGUCCCGGCCUGGUAAUGCCUAAGUUUGUUUUCACAAAAGCCGAAAUGAUUAUAAAUGGAAUCCUGCCAAUAGAUCAAAUGCGUGAUCAUGUGCCCCCUGUAAAUUUAAUUGCGACGUUAAUUCCCAAACAUGUGUUAGAAGACAAGUAUGGGAUUAUGUUACCAGCUCCCUUGGAGGGCGAGGACCCUGACAGGUGUCCCACUUCAGAGGAAUUACUCAAUGCAUAUGCUUAUAACAGAGGGUUUAUGACUGCUAAUGGCCAACCUGAUAAUCCCAGAGCCGCUAGAUACAUUUUGAAGGAUUAUAUGAAUGGUAAAUUAUUAUAUUGUCACGCUCCUCCAAAUGUUGUCCAAAGGGAGUACCACAGGUGGCCAGAAAGGCAGAAAUUUCGCUCUUUGGAAAAAUCAGCCCCUCCUCGCCAAAUACGUGCUAUAAAAACAAGUCGUGCAACAACUGAAGACGUUGAUAAGUUAUUUUUUCACGGAGGCUCAUCAACUGUACAUACAAAAGGAAAGACAGUGAUAAAUGGUUAUGGGGCUGCCAAUGGCAGCGUCCAACAACUGGGUGAUAAACCUUGGAAAAAAAUCAACAGGCAUGAAAAUAAAAACAAGAGGGAGAAAUUGAGAAGAGUUUAUGCUCAUCUGGACCAACACUGACGUCUCUGUUAUGUAAAAGUUUAUUCAGGAAGACAAAAUAUAAGUUGUGAAUAUUUUAUAUGAACCAAUAAAUUAAUUAAAUACAAUGCUGUGCAAAA